UUGGUCCAUGCUGAGGUUGGACGGUUGGACAGGUGGGAGCUCCGGUUAGACGAGCUGCUGUUGUUCCUCAACACAAAGAGAGCAGAGAGCCGGAGAAACACUUUAUAUUAACUCUAAAAUAAAAACCUACACAUAGUACAGUAAAUUCUAACAUUACCUGCUAAUUAUAGUAAUAUUUAGGAGGUGUUUUCAGUGAAAUAUGACCAACAAAGGAGAGAAAUACAAGAGAAACUGCACAGUCAUAGUUUAAUGGGAGCGGUCACCUGAGCAGAUAUGGCAGCUGACGACAAGGUUGCCAUCCUGUCAGACGACGAGGAAGAGCAGAAGAGGAAGUAUGUGUUGGCCGAGCCGUUCAACACGCUGUCGAUGGAGGGGCCGGCGGAUGGUUCUGCGACGCCACCGUCCUCGGACACACCAUCCGAGCAGUCAGUGGCUUCGCGGCCCAACUCAAUAGACUGCUGCGAGAGGAUGUGCCUCCAAAUCAACAGCCAACUCCUCAUCUCAAAACUCUUCUACUUCUUCUUCUACGCCGCCUACGGCUCGCUGCACCCUCUGCUGGCCGUGUACUACAAGCAGCUCGGCAUGUCGGCCAGCCGCAGUGGGCUGCUCGUCGGCAUCCGCUACUUCAUCGAGUUCUGCAGCGCCCCCUUCUGGGGAGUGGUGGCCGACCGCUUCAAGAAAGGGAAGCUUGUCCUGCUGUUUUCUGUUUUCUGCUGGCUGGUGUUCAACUGCGGCAUCGGCUUUGUCAAACCCGCUGAGAUGAAGUGUGAGGAGCUAGGUGCUGAACCUCCGACAACGAUGCCGCCUGUGAUGCCGACUCUCCCGCACAGUAACUUCACGCAGCUGAGCAACUCCACCAACCACACCAGAACUCGCCGGAGCCUUCUAAACAUCCCUUGGCUUCCUGAGAUCCUGGACUCCUAUUUAAGCGUGUUGCACAGGCAUGAGCGAAGCAUAGACGCCAACAACACUUCAGCUCCCUUAAACCCGGCAAACACCACCCAGCUCAAGCCAACCCCCACCCAACUCACGCUAAACACCACCCUCCACACCCCAAACAUCACCCUCCCCACUACCACGACCACAACCUCCCCUGCUCCAACCAAGCCCAAGGAGUACCAGAUCAUCUACAACAAGGACCAGGUGGAGAACAUCUUCCUGCUCAUCUUGCUUGUCAUCAUCGUGGGCGAGUUCUUCAGCGCUCCCGCCAUCACCAUCGUGGACACCGUCACCCUGCAGUACCUCGGGAAGGCUCGUGACCGGUACGGUCUGCAGAGGAUGUGGGGCUCGCUGGGCUGGGGUAUGGCCAUGUUGCUGGUGGGCAUCUGGAUCGACCACACACACCUCACCGUGAUGAUCGACGGCGUGGGCUGCAUCGUGCCCGAAUUCCGUCUCCACAACUAUCAGAUCGCCUUCAUUUCCUUUGGUGUGCUGAUGGGCCUGGCGUUCAUUGUUGCCACUCAGUUUUACUUUGACAAUGGUGACGACUACCGACACGAGGUUCCAGAGGGGGUGGUGGAGGAUGUGGGCAGCCCGAGAGCGUUACCUGAGUCCAACUCCUCGGACCAGACUUCCGUCAGCCCUGACGCUGUUCAGGAGUUCCACUACAGCGACCUGCUAAAGCUGCUCUGCAGCGUGCGCUACAGCUCCGUCCUGUUCGUCGCCUGGUUCAUGGGCUUCGGCUACGGCUUCGUCUUCACCUUCCUGUACUGGCACUUAGAGGACCUGAAUGGGACCACCACGCUGUUCGGGGUCUGCUCCGUCCUGAGCCACAUCUCGGAGCUCGCUGCCUACUUCACCAGCCACAAGUUCAUCGAGCUGGUCGGACACGUCAGGGUGCUGUACAUCGGCUUGGCCUGCAACACAGCUCGCUACCUGUACAUCUCCUACCUGACGAACGCCUGGAUCGUCCUGCCUAUGGAAGUUCUUCAAGGUGUGACCCACGCCUCAGUUUGGGCAGCCUGUAUCUCCUUCCUGAGUGCGGCGGUCCCGCCGGCCCUGAGGACGUCGGCGCAGGGCAUCCUGCAGGGCGUUCACCUCGGCCUGGGCCGCGGCUGUGGAGCCAUGGUGGGAGGAGUGUUUGUCAACUACUUUGGUGCUGCAGCAACGUUCAGAGGAAUCGGCAUGGCCUCCCUCGUCAUCCUCCUCAUCUUCUCCUUCAUCCAGUGUCUGACAGGAGAGGCUGAGGGGAAAGAGGACAAAAUGCUGGCUGAGAACAUCCCGGUUGCCUCCAGCCCGGUUCCCAUCGCCACCAUCGACCUGGUGCAGAGCCAGACCGCCGCCGGUAGCCCCGCCCCGGCUCAUCAGGCCGCCGCGUUGCCCGUCAAGAAGACCAAACACCAGGAGGAGCAGGAGGACGUGGCCAAGCCGGCAUGGGUGCUCUCUGGCGCCCCGUGGGUCACCAUCGCCUUCGCCAUCGUCCAGAUCAAGGAGAUGAUGAACAUGGCGAAGAGCAACGGACCACCUUCAGAAAGUCGACCUCUACAGGUACCUAAUGAGCGGGCGUCAGCCGAGAACGAGGCGUCACACAGAAACCCGACUGAUGACGGCACAGAAACACCCACACAACCAAACCCCACCCACCCAGCACCCACAGACUCUAACCAGGACAAAGACCAAACGCACCCAUCCUCAGACAGAGGAAUAGAAAACCCAGACAGUCUGUUCACUUAGAAACUAUUUAAUUUACACACACUGAGCUUUAAACUGUGUGUUUUAUUACUGCAAAAAUAUUCAUCUUAACAAGUCGGUUUGUCUCGAGUUCAGUCUUAAAAUCUGACUAAUAGUCUGCUGUUGUUUCGCUUGUGUCAAGUACUUCCUGUAAAUGAGUCAGUAUCUUGACAAAAACUGUAUUUAUAUAGAUUUAUUAUUUAAAGAAAAUAGCUUGAAAUAAGGCCAGAAUUCUGGAAACAAGUUGGAAAUACUGCAACUCAUUUUUAAAAAUGAUUUUAAGACUCAGACAUGACUUGUUUUAAUGGGUUGUUUUUGCAAAGGGGAGUUUGGGUUGAAUGUUUGGAUGAAACUGGAGGUGCACUUGGUGGCAUUUGCCCCUCAGAGGUGGUCAAAUCCAACACACCUCGCGGCGCGGUGCUCUAUAUUUACUGCCCUUUACCGGUGGAGUGUGAAGGAGAAUCCUUCAAAGUUAUUUAAUAACUUAAUUUAGCUAAAAAAAAGGAAAUCUGACAACAUGUAGCAGUUUGAUUCCACACUAACAUGAACAGCAUUUAAAAGAACUUCAGUGCCAGCACACAAAUUAACACAUUAAAGUGCAUUUUUAAGAAUUUACCAUUAACUGAGGUUAUUCUCCGACACAAAUGAAACCAUUUUAGAGAUUUUUUUAAAUUGCAGCAGUGAUUUUUCAUGCGCUGCAAUACAGGAGUUCCCAAUCAUUAGACAGUUUUUAUAUUGACGAGGGGUCAGAAUUGUUAAAUAGUUCUUUACACCAUCAGUUUGCACACUGCAGUGUGUGCAAAUACAUUCACAAUAUAAGUGCUGUUUUUUUAAGUACAUGAAUAUUUUUCACUGUAUUUAUCAUCCCAACAUUCCUAUGAGUUAGAAAAUGAGUGAGAGGGUUGAUUAACAUUUGGUUAAACUGAAACCAAAAUGUAAUUUUACUGGCAGGAAUUAUUGUGAUAUACUGCGGGGAGUUGCUUUGGCCAGUAUGAUCGUGAAACAGAUAUUAAAUUGUGUUCUCUGAAGUAUUAAAAAGUCUAAAAUGCAGCUCGUUAAAUGCUGCAGAACCCCCGCUAUGAGAUCCUAAUAAAUUUAAUUAUUGUUGAGUUUCUUUUGCAGAAUUUCCUCGCAGCUCUGCAGCAAAUCUUCUGUGGCCUUGGGGGUUGGGAGUUAGUGUAAAACUUUAAUUAAUCAAUGCUGAAUUUCUUUGCAUCGCAGGUUCAGAGGACUGAAACAAGUUGACCUCAUCUUUUGUUUUGGACGUCAUCAAGCCCACUUUUAUUACUCAGCACAGGAUGAACUGCUGGCUGAGAUAUAUAUUUAUGUAAUUUACUGAAGUAGCGAUGAUGAAGAAGUGCCUCUUUUAAACACACUGUAAGCCUCUUAAUCACCAUUAUUGUUCUAACUUAUUAUUAUGAGAUGUCAAGCAAGCAUCCCUUUACUGAGCUACACUCCUACAGGAAGAUCUGUCAUACUGAGGGUCUUUUUAAAGCCUCAUUCCAAUAUUUUUGUAUUGAAGCUGCCACUAGCCAACACACUGUAUUUACUGUCUUUGUUUUACAUUUUCAUGCCAAACAAUUCCCAGUAUUCUGUGUUUUUAAUGUGGUCUAGAUGGAAAAGCCCUCAGAAACACAGCUAGAUGAAGAAAUUCUGUUUGUUUUUCCUGUAAAUGAAAUGAUUAAAGGAUGUUUUGCCCAUUAA